AUGCGUCUUCCAAUCGUCCUCUUGCUACUUCCAUUCGCAGCAGCGAGAUUUGAACCACACGAAGGACCGUCCAAGCCAACUGCACGAAGACAACAAAUGCCAAUGAUGGUCUCUGACGAGCUUGACUACACCCCACAAGUCAAUGCCGGGCACACACUCGCCGAUUUGCUUACCAUCGAAUCAUCGACCUCUAUCUUCUACUCGUAUGCCCGCGAACUGGAGCUCAGCAGACUUCUCAGUGACGAGAGUGCAAAAUUGACCUUGCUGGCGCCUACCAAUAAGGCCGUCAUGGCCCUGGCCCGAAAGCCCCAUCAAGGUUCAGAAGUAGAAGAUGGAACCGUAAUCUCAGAAGAAGAAUUCGACAAAAUUUCGAAGCGCAACGUUGAAAAAUGGGUUUCUGCUCAUAUCAUCCCUAAAACUCUGACAACCCUCGAGCCUCGCUCUUACUCUACCCUGCUCGAAGGCAAAUCCGUCGUAUUCUCUACGUCACCGAAAUCAACCGACAUCGUUUUGGAGGAUGGCAUUCAUAUUAGUGAAAUGAAGCAGGCGUCGAAUGGCGCUAUAUACGUUAUUGAUGGUACUGUGAAUGUCGAUUGA